AUGGCCGCCAAGGACUUCAAAGCCCUGUUCGAGUCUGACUCGUUCGUCUCCCAGUAUAGGACCGGCGAGAAGAUCACGGGCACAUUCGCCAAGUGCCUCAUCAGCCAAAGCGGGAUCCUCACGGAGUUCAAGACCAAGUCGCAGCCUGACAGACCUCUUGUCGUUCUUGAUAAUGCAUGCGGUACCGGGGUGGUGUCGAGCAUCCUCCACCACGAGCUUGACGAGCACGUUAGGAAGCAGUGGACCCUGACCUGUGGUGAUAUCUCCGAGGGGAUGCUCAAGUAUACACGCGCCAGAGUGGAGGAGGAGGGGUGGCUAAAUGUCGAGGUGAAGAGUGUGGAUGCGCAGGAGACGGGUCUUCCGUCUGGGCAGUUUACGUAUAUGUUUACUGCAUUUGGUACGUCGGAUAUUCUUCUGCAGGACUUGGGACUGAUUCUCUUCGAGCGUUCAUGGCACUUCCUAAGUCACAGGCUGCGUUGGAUGGUAAGUACUUCCAUCCAUACUUCACGACCAACAAACACUCACAUGUAUAUCCUGCCAUCAGAGUCACUGAGGAUUCUCCAACCGGGUGGAACGAUCGCCUUCUCAACGUGGAUUGAGCCCGGAUGGGUCUCCGUCAUGAAAAAGGCCAUCGCAACAAUGCCAGGCAAUCUCCCCUUCCCCACGGCAGAAGAAUUCCUCUCUACACUCGGCGACGGGCAGUGGAAUUCCGUACCGUGGAUCGAAUCCCAGCUUCAGCAGCGGGGAUUCACAGAUAUCAACGUCAAGGCCGAUACGAAGCACAUUCCGCUGACCACCAAGGAGGUGCUGGACUCGACUAUGAUGAUGUUCUCCGUGAUCACGCAGAAGUUCUGGACGGCGGAACAGCGAGAGCAGCAUGAGGCUAAGGUUCGGCCAGCACUGGCGCGAUAUCUGGAAGAGCAGUAUGGGGAGGAUGGGGUUGUGCCGAUGGAUUGGGUUGCUAUUCUUUCUACGGCGCGGAAGGCAUGCUGA